CAGCAUCCGGUGACCCUCCCUCGUAUUUUUACCGCAGUAAAACGGGGUACAACACAUGGGGUCUUACUCUCUGUCCACUAAGGAAAAAUGUCUUGGAUAUUAGUAACGAACAAAAUGAAUAAAAGAGGGGUAAAUGUUGGAUGAAUAAAUUUUUUGAUUAAAAGGCCCAACUGAGUACUUAAAACAUGGUAUGUGUACUAAUUUUCAAUUAUUACCUUUAUAAAUUGUAAUAUGCAAUUUUACAAAAUUAAUACAUAAACCAUUUAUAAAAUAAAGAAAUAACAGUUUGGUAACAUAUUUGCUUCGUUCUAAUGUUAUAUAACUAAGACAAAUUUAAUAAACAAGAAUAUAAUAAUGAUUAUUAAAAAAAUAUUUUAAAAAGUUAUUUCGAUACAUUUAAUCCAAUUCCAAAGUUUUUUGUAAUUCGUGUGUGUCGUUCUUUUGUGUUAUUAAAAUUCGACAUCAAACUCAUAAAAGUACGGUCGUUAUUAAAUCGGUAUAUUAAGUAGUCAUGAAAAAAAUAUUUAGGAAAACUUUUGAUCUUAAUAUUGUACAUCAUAAAUCCUUCAUUUGAUUCAGAAUUCUUUAUGAACAAGGAGCUAUUUUUUUCCAUUUCCUAAUAUUAGGCUACAACGCUGGACACCUCCCACCUCUUCCUACCACCCCACUAUGAAAAGUUGGUUCCAGUAUUCUCGCCUGGACAAGUAGUCUUAAAACGAACAACACACACAAAUUUAACACACAAAUUUGAUAUAUGUUAUAAAAUGUGAUAACAUUGUCAACAGUGUAUUCGUGACAGAUUUCUCAUAUGUAACGUUAAGGAUAGUUGUAACAAUAUAUACAGGUAUAAUGUAACAUACACAAAAUAGUUUAAUUAAGCAAGUUGCUGUAACUAAAUAAACAUUACAAAUUUUGUUUAUGUGUGUGUGUGUGUGUGUGUGUGUGUGUGUGUGUGUGUGUGUGUGUGUGUGUGUGUGUGUGUGUUUUAUAUCGUUAUAACACUAGACUAAUCAUUAAAAUGACCAGCUAAUCGAACUUUUUCAGGUUUUAUGUCCAUGCCAAACUAAAUUAACCCCCCGAAAAGUCAGCGUUGUGGUUUGUGGUAUAGUGUGGUCCAGGAAUUAAACCGAACAUAAAUAUAUCUUUAAUGUCAUAACUUCAAAUUUUUUGUUCAGAAUUUGAGAAACACCAUCAGAAUUAAGUGUUUUUUUAACAUUUAACAAAAAUAAUGAGCAAAAACAGGUAGGCCUAUUUUGUAAUUUAUUGCGCUAAAAACAGUGUUAUGAUAGUAUAAGAAAUGUUAUUACUCAUGACGACACAAAAUUAAAUAAAUAUUUUUUCUCAAAAGCCAAAAUUAGUGGGUUGAGUCAAAACUCAAAUAUUAAAAUAGAAAAUACUAAGAUCGAUCACGACAUCUUUAUGUAUAUCCUGUUUAACACAAAAAAGCUUGUGUAGUGAAAAGUUGAAUUUUUAUGAAACAUAUUUGUGCCAUGCUCUAAUGUUCAUAGGAAAAGUACAAAAUUGUGUUUUUUAAUUGAUCAAGAUACUAGUUUAGGUGAACUUUUAAAAUUAUUGCAGGUUUUCACGUAAAGUUUUGUGAAGCAUUAGCGCAACUAAGGGGAAUGGGAAUAUAACCACCUCAAGACAGGGACGUGGCCAGCGAGGGGGUCCGAGCGGCCCGGACACCCCCAAAGUUUUAAUUGUAACAAUUAAUAUUUUAGUAACCGAUUAUUAUUAUUUAACUAAUUCAGUAUUACUGACAUGUAUUGCUGAGAGAUCGUUUUCAACACAGCUACGGGUCAGGAACUUUUUAAGGAACAGAAUUAUACUUACUUUCUGUCUACUUUGGGAAAAUAUCAGUUGUCUUGACAUCCCCCCCAUUUUUUUUGGCUACGUUCUUGCCUCAAAAGUCCUAAAACAUUAAAACAGUGUAACAAGUAUACAAUUUUAAACGCAAUCCAACUUUUUUAAAAUACAUAAUUUAAAUGUUUUACUUUGAAUUAGACUAACAUGUAUUUAGAUUUAUUCGGGUGCGUUUUGCUCUUUAAUCUGAUUCCCCCCUUUUCCCUGAAGAAAAGCCUAGUUACGCCCCUGGUGUGAAGUAUGGAGGAGAGAAUAAUGGAGUGGCCACUUGCUCUACGGUUCGGAGCCCGCGUCAAACAAAGAUGGCGCCGCAUCCCAUCAGUCCUACUGGUACGCGCACCGCAGCGCAAUACUGACUAUGUUCAACGAACGUCUGUGUUAUUCUGGCCUGUGUUAUAGUUAGUUUGAUGUGUUUACUGCAGUACAUGCACAACAAUGGUGUCUUGUGUAGCCUAUGGUUGCAGCAACAACAGCAAUAAGAACAAGGGAAGCAAUAUUACUUAUCAUAGUUUCCCAAAGAAUGAAGAUUUGAAGAGGAAGUGGAUGAACGCUCUCAAGCGGAAGGACUGGGCACCAAGCAAGUGGAGUAGGGUAUGCUCUGCACAUUUUAAGGAGGCUGACUUCGACCUUACAUCUCUCUGUUGUGUCAGGAUACGAGAAGGUGCUGUCCCGACUAUUUUCUCUUACAUAUCGGGAGUAAAGGAAGACCUCCUCCACAGAAGCGCGAAGGAAAUCCAGAUUUAUUAAAAUAUUCUCCAACACAGCUUAAAAAAAAUAAGAAAGUAUGUGAGCACCACUUCCGAAAAGAAGAUGCCCUCCCCAGUGGUAGGCUAGUGCAAACCGCAGUUCCAAUUCCAUACUCGUCU